AUGGAAGACUGGGAGAUUUAUCUCGUACGCUUCAGUUCAUCACCAGAUUGGAACAUCUGGGAAGUUCCUUUUCAUGUUAGGUUCGAUGAAAAAUCUAACGAGAUCACAGAUUACAACGGCGUCGACGAAUUAGAUCACAAGAGCGGGGAUGAAUUAAAGCACAACAGCGACGAGAAGGAUUCAGCCUCGUCAACUUGGGCAGAAGAAGGUGUUUCGACUUCGAACCGAGAAGGGAACAAUGGCGACGCAGACGAUGAAAGUUUGCAACUCGUUCAACGAUUUACAACACUAACAUUUGGUGAUGCAAACGAAGCAGGUGCGCAUUAUCAAUGUUUCGCGCAACUGUGUGGAUUUGACAUUCUCAAGAACUCUGUGAAAAGGGGCCACCGUAAGGAGAGAAUUGAUGAACGCGAUCGAUUGCGUGGUCAUAAACCAGAGACGCGGUGUGGAUGCCCUGCUCUAUUUCGUGUUGCUCUCAAUCGUUCUAUUGGGAUAUACAGAGUGACUGACUUCGAGCCUAAGCACAAUCACAGUAUGGAAACCCCCAAUACCAGCCAUAUUCUUCGUUGCAAUAGAAUAUUGACUCCAGCCACAAAGAUAAUGUUCAAUACGAUGACCCAUGUAGGGUGCAAACCUAGUCAAGUUCUGGACCUUCUGGAUCAUCUCGGUGGAGGCAGUGCAACUGGCGUUUUGAAUACGAAGGACGCCUACAACUACUUGAACAGUGAAAGGUUGAAACGGAUUGAAUCAGGGGAUGUGAAUACUCUAUUGGGUGUACUUGACGGGAUGAAGUUAAAAGCCAAAACACUGGAAUACAAACACGGUAUCGAUCAAGGUGGAGCUCUAACAAGAAUAUUUUGGCACGACGGUAUAUCAAAAGCCGAGUAUGAGGAGCUUGGUGAUGUCUUAGUAUUUGACAGCACCUACAAGACCAACAUAUAUUGUUUUCCAGUAGUGUUGUUCUGCGGAGUCAGCUCCCAUCUGUGCACAUGUAUUUUUGGAGUUGCUAUUAUGUACAAGGAGACAACUCAACAAUACAUGUGGUUGCUGCAGACUUUGCUAGAAUUCAUGGGAGGAAAGCCACCCAAAGUUGUUUUGACAGAUCAAGAUGGGGCAAUGCGCGCGGCCAUUAGGAUUGUGUUUCCUAAGGCAGCCCAUCGGCUUAGUUGCUGGCAUAUUUCAUGUAAUGUCGAAUCAAACAUAAAAAAGCCAGGCUUCUCGACAGAAUUUUCCAAUUUAAUGAAUAUGCCAUGCUCCGUACCCAAGUUCGAAGAUAGGUGGUCUCCAUUGAUUGCUAAAUUUGGUCUUACAGACGAUCCAUACCUAGCUGAUCUUUACGAAAAACGCAGUCAAUGGGCAGAAUCAUUUUUUCAGGACCAAUUCUUUGCUAUGAUGAUGAGCACACAACGUGCGGAUUCAAUGAAUGCCUCACUAAAACAGAAAUGGCUUGUCGAUGUUGGCAAGCGGCUCACAUCUGCUUUCUCGUAUCAGCAGACGGACAACCUCUACACCAGUGGGAGUGUUAAGAUGAGGGAGGACGGGAUUGAAUUUAAUAUCACCCCGACUGACGGGGAUGAUGAAUCUUGUUCACCACUACAUUCUGACAGUGAGGAUACAAUUCAUAGUGUCAAACGUCCCAGAAAUGUGGUCGAUCCUUGUAAAAUUGUUUCAAAAGAAGGAUCCAUACGAAAGAAGCAGUUAUGCUCGUUUUGCAGGAAACCUGGACACAAGACAACUACUUGUGAGCUUAAUCCAAAAGCGGGUUUUCCGUCUCGUGAUAAAGUUAAUUCUAAGCAAUCAGCAAGUGGUUCGGACAAUGUGGGCAGCAGAAGCUACGUUCCCUAG